GAAACCAGAAGACAGAAUUGACAUUUGAUUGUCAAAAUAGUCUUCGAAAAAAUGGUGUCUUGGAGUGCUUUAGGCCGUUCUUUCGGCUUAAAUUUGAUCAAAAACCACGUUAAAACACCAAUUAAUGUCCAAAAUGUAACCUUCACAACAACCAAAACCCUAAAAGGGGGCCAUGACCACAAAACUUUUGUCCUACAACCUUCUAGGUGGCAAUGGCACAAAUUCAAGGAUAUGUUCCACUUCUACACCAUGCUGGGCUUGAUCCCAGUGGGCGCUAUCAUCUUCUUCACCAACGUGUUCAUCGGGCCGGCCCAGCUGUGUCCAAUCCCCGAUGGUUAUGAACCCAAACAUUGGGAGUACCACCGCCACCCAAUUACAAGAUUUAUCGCCAGAUACAUUCAUCAGAGCCCCCAAGAGGACUAUGAAAAAUUCAUGCACUUCCUUGAUGAAGAACAGCAAAAAAUCAAAUUACGUAAGCUGGAGAAGGAGAUUGUUAAGAAGAUGGCUGAGCGCCACGACUACCAGGCGUACUACUACAAACCGAUGGUCAACAAGUACCUCCGCAUCAACAAGCAGACCGGCGAGGAGAUGUACGACCGUGUUGGUGAUGAGUUCAAGGAAUAAACAUUUUUUUUGAAAUCUUCAAUGACUAUAGUAUAUAUUAGUAAUCAAGUGUAUUGUUGAAUAUUUCAAUGUAGAUAAAUAAACUAUUAGUUGUUUUUAAUAACAAUUUUAUUUGAAGGAACGAUUACAUCUUGCAACACUUGUAGUGUUAUAUUCUAUUUCACCUUUUGUAAAUGAUUUUGCUGUUAUUUAUUUACAUACAUACCAUGUUUUACACCCACUAAUGUCUUUCUAUGUAGUGCAAGUGUUGUAUUCUUAAGAUGUUUUGGGUGAAAAUAAAAGAGUAAGACAUAUGGUAA